GUUUGCAUUGUUUUGGAUUCCUCACAUACAAGUGAAGUUCAUUUGCUUACCCUUCAAUUUGUCUGGCUUGCAGUUCUUGUGAAGAAAAUAUGGAGCCAGAGUGUGCAAUUAAGAAGGAUGCCACUGAAUUAAUAGGGAAUACCCCAAUGGUAUAUCUGAACAACAUUGUGGACGUGUGUGUUGCCCGUAUUGCUGCUAAACUAGAGUACAUGCAAACCUGCUGUAGUGUCACAGAUAGGAUAGCAUUGAGCAUGAUUGAAGAUGCGGAGAAAAAAGGCCUCAUUAUACCUGGAAAGGUUAGCUGUGUUGAAGUUAAGAGUGUGUUUAGUUUCACGUUUAAAUGGUCAUGAUUCAUGGUUACGUCAACAAAUUUACUUUAAUGCAGACUUCCAUAUCUAUAGAUUCUUUGUUAGGCCCCAAGCCUAUAAUGAUACCUACACUUCUAGAUAUUGGACAUUUCUCAGUCCAUACCAUAAAUUGUCCAUCAUAGUCAAUGAACAUGUUUUGUUGAGAUAUUACGAGAUUACUAUGAAUGGAUAUUUUGUUGCCUUUAUUGUUGAAUAUAAUAAGUUGAAUAGUUUUGACUAAUGGUUAAAAAGACUGUUCUGGUUGAGCCUACAAGUGGUAACACUGGCAUAGGAUUGGCAUUCAUAGCAGCAUUGAGAGGCUAUAAACUUCAGGUGGCUAUGCCAUCUUUUGUAAGUCUUGAGAGAAAAAUUAUACUGCGAGUCUUUGGAGCAGACGUAUAUCUGACAGACCCAGCCAAAGGAGUUGAUGGGGUUUUUCAGAAGGCAGAAGAGCUACUAUCCAAGACACCUGAUAGUUAUAUGCUUCAGCAAUUUGAAAAUCCUGCCAAUCCAAAGAUUCAUUAUGAGACCACUGGCCCUGAGAUUUGGAGAGACUCAGGAGGGAAAAUUGAUAUCUUAGUUGCUGGGAUAGGAACUGGGGGAACAAUAACAGGUGUUGGACAAUUCCUAAAGCAGAAAAACCCAGAGAUCAAGUUGUAUGGCGUGGAACCAUCUGAAAGUGCAGUUCUGAACGGAGGACAGCCAGGUAAGCACCUGAUCCAAGGAAUUGGUGCCGGUAUCAUUCCCGACCUUCUAGAUGUUAAUCUCCUAAAUGAAGUUAUUCAGGUUUCAAGUGAAGAGGCUAUAGAAACUGCUAAGCUGCUUGCCUUGAAAGAAGGUUUGCUGAUGGGAAUUUCGUCAGGAGCUGCAGCUGCAGCUGCAAUAAAGGUGGGGAAGAGACCAGAAAAUGCAGGAAAGCUCAUUGUUGUGAUUUUUCCCAGUUUUGGAGAACGUUACUUAUCUUCACCGCUGUUUGAAUCCAUUAGGCAUGAAGCUGAACAAAUGACAUUUGAAUAAAGGUAAUCAAGACGAUCAGCACCAGACUUAGUGAAGGGGUGGAUGGAACUGCUAUAGGACUUAGGAUAUUAUUUCAAAAACUGUUAUAUUUGAAUAAGUCCUGUAGCAACUGUUUGAUAUAAUUUGUAACCCCCUUUUCUUUAUUUGAAAUGGUUGAUGAAACUUGGAUUAAAAAUAAAAAUUUUAUUAUUUCAAAAAUU